AUGCGUCUCAGCACCACUCGCAUGUGCGCGAGCAUCGUUGCGGUCGCACUCGGCAUCGUGCUAGUGGCGAGCGGCACGCGUGCCCAGACGACGGCGGGCGCUGCAGCCCCCAAGCCGGGCGAAUGGACCAAGCCCGCCUUCUGCAAGGACCUGGAGUGCCCCAGGUACCAGGUGGUGAAGAAGAUCAGCGACAACAUCGAGCUGCGAAAGUAUGAGCCAGCGACACAGACCGUGCCAUGA